UUAUGAUUUUAAAUUUAAAUUAUAUUUUUAACAAAUUGCAUAAAAAUAAAUAAAAUUCUGUUUAGCAGGGUUUUGUCAUAACAAUUAUCAUUUCAACAGUAAGUUUUUCGAAACUGAUCAUGAUAUAUCAGGUAAACAAAUACUUAUGCCAAAAGUCAUAUGUUACCAAACAGUUUCUAAAAUGCAUGCACAAUUGCAUAGAUCCGGAGAAAGCUAUUCUAUACCCUCUAAAAAGCAAAAAAUUGCUGCGGGUCACGGGAAAUGAAGCCUCAGUAUUCUUACAAGGGCUCAUUACUAAUGACAUGCGACAUUUUGAAGAAGGGGCCAAGUCAGUUUAUGCUAUGUUUUUGAAUAACAAAGGCAGGGUUCUUUUUGACACCUUAAUACACAAAUGGGGCAAUGACCAGUCCUACAUGUUAGAAUGCGAUGAGAAAAUUGUUAGUUCUCUUGAGAAACAUUUAAAAGUGUUUAAGUUACGGAGAAAGGUUACAAUUGAAAAUAUUCAUAGUGAACAAUAUAAAUUGUGGGCACUUAUAACACCAAAAGAUAAAUCCAUUGACGAGAAUAUUGAUCCUAAGGGUGAGGUGAAUAUAUAUAAGGAUCCAAGAUUAACCGAACUAGGACAUAGGAUAAUAUCUGCAAUAAAUAUCACCGAAGUAAUAAAUAGUCUUUGCAAUAAUGUCACUGUUGAUAAUAAUGAAGAUGGAUAUAGAUAUUAUAGAUAUAAACUAGGUGUAAGUGAAGGUGCUGAUGACUUACCUCCAGGCACAAGCUUCCCUUUAGAAGUGAAUUGUGAUUAUCUUCAUGGAGUUAGUUUUCAUAAAGGCUGUUACAUAGGCCAAGAAGUAACAGCUAGAGUCCAUCAUACGGGUGUUGUGCGUAAACGAAUAAUGACCUUAAAAUUUGCAGAGAGUGUAAAAGAAAAAAUUGAAAAAGACACAAUUAUAACUGCCAGUAGUAAUCCUAAAUCAAACUUAGGUAAACUUAAAGGUGUUGCUGAUAAUUAUGGUCUAGGCCUAAUCAGAAUUAAAGAAGCUUUAGAUGUAAAAAAAAUAAAAAUUGGUAAUUAUACAGCAGAAGCUGUUAAACCAGACUGGUGGCCAAUAGAAGCUCCAAAAGAGUUGCAAAAAAGUGAAUAGAAUACAACUAUUAUUUUCCUUAACUAAGAGAUUUAAUUCUAUUUAUAUAAAUGGAGACUUCUAAAGAAAAAGUUGAUGAACCUGUGUACUAUGACUUCACAUGCAGUAGCUGUGAUCUCAAAGAGAAAGCUCAUUAUAAAGGGACAAAACCACCAUUUUCACGUAAUAUACAAUUAAAAUUCACAA